CGAUUUAUUAAUGGGAAUAUUGAAUAUUUAUAAAAAUUAAUACAUGCAGGAUUUAAGAAAAAAAAAAAGAGAUACAAGUGUUAAUUAAAGGAAUUUGAUUUAGAAAACAAAAAAAUUCGGAAAAAAAAUUUUUUAUUUCUUUUUUCUUAAAUAUUUAAAAAGAACAACUUUUAUUUUUGUUCUUGUAAAAGAAAUGAAUAUUAAAACUACACCACCGCCGCCGCCUACAACUGCCGCAUCUGCGACGACGAGUGCUUUGCUACAAUCACCGCCUAAUACACCCCCUAACUCCGUUAGCUUAGUUGCUGGUGGCAUGUCUGAAGUGCAAAAACAAACCUUUCAACAUAUCUUUGAAAAGUUGGUAACAAGUAGCGGCGGCAAUGCAAAAAUUCCCCCAAAACAAUUGGAACAUUUUCGUAAUCUCUUGGAGAACGUACGCGAUGCUAAAAAUUUGCAAUUGAUUGUGGAGAAAUUUAAAAAUCUUGAGCAAUUUGAUAUGCAAUACGGACUUAAUGGCAGCAAAAAUGCAGUUUUAUGUGAAGAUUCAGAAUUAAACCUUAAGGAUACCGCCAGAAAAUAUUCAACUACCGGUCAAACUUUAACACCACGUCAUACCAUUGAUGCUAUAUUGGGGUUAAAAAAUCGUCACCCAGAUAAUGAUGCUGAGAACUCAAAUGAUGCCACAGAUUUACGUUACAAUAUGCCAUUGGCCCAAUUGCGCCACAUAGAUAAUCAUAUGGUUGCCGCUUUUGCACAACAUCGUAAUGCUUCACUAUUCCCAUUAACUUCAACUAAUAGCAAUUCAGGCAAUAGUAAUGCCACCAACACCAAUUGUAAUACAAUUGGCAAUCAUCACCAACAUCAUCAUCAUCAUUUACAUCCGCAUCAUCAUCAGGGCGGCUCGUCCAACUUGCAUUUACCACCUCCACCACCCACCCAUCAGUUAAGUUCUUAUCAUAAUUCCUUAAUGAGUUUUCAACAACAGCAUUUCUCGGCCAGCCACAAUCAACAACAAUGCACCGAUGGACACGAUCUAAAUGGCAAUUGCAGUAAUGGUGAAGGUGGCGGCAGCAGUAGUCCCAUCAUUAUGGGUAAUGAUUAUUUGAAUUCCAUGCAUCAAAUGGUAGAAGCCAAUAACUUAAAUCACAAUCAUCAUAAUGCACAUUUGCAAAACUCUACGUCAAGUUCACCAGCGCAAAUUCACUCGCAUCCUCCACCACCACCGCCAGCUUAUCAAACGCAUCAGCAGCACUUGGCUGCUUUGGCAGCACAAGCUCAGGCGCAAGUCCAAUAUGAUCAGAAAUUUGCUAAAUCAUCGAAUUCAUUAACGAAUACCUGCUCCUCUUCGUCACCGUCUUCGCCAGUUUGUUCGGCUGUGGUUACAAUGGCUAAUCAAUUAACGGCAGCUGCAGCCUCAAGUUAUUUCAACAACAAUGUUGGCGCCUCUAGUUUAGCGCAACUACACGAUUACGAUGAACGUUCCAUGUCGUCCUUGUCGAAUGAGGCUGACAUUGAUGCCGUUACCGAAGAUGAAGAUACCAAAGAUCCACAAGACAUUCGUAACAUUGAUGUAAUAUCCUCGUCGUCAGCUCAGUCACCGAUUUACAGUAACGGCUCCGGUUUGAAACGUAAAUCAGCAACCAACUCAACCACAACAGCUUACUGCGAUGAUUUAAGUUUAACGAAUAAUUGCAAUAACAACAACAAUAAUAAUAACGAUAAUGAUUGUUUAUCUACGAAAGCAUUGAUUAAUGGCAGCACUACAGAUAAUUAUAGUUUAAAGCAGCAAUUUGACGGUCUGAGGCCACGUUCUUUAGAAGAUAUGCAACAACAAACAUUUACCAAUAAUAACAACGGUAAUUUGGAUCAUCAACAGCAAAUACAACAACAACAACAGCAUCAGCAACAACUUAAUCAAUAUCACGUACAACAAAAACAUAUGGAAGAUUAUCGUUUGUCCGCAACGGGGUCCAACAGCGGCAACGGCAAUGGCGGUGCGGUGGGCUCGAAUGAGCAUCAGGAUCGUUUAAAUGAUAAUGAUAGUCUAAUGAAUGGCAGCUGUGCUUCUAGUGAGGAUCUCAAUCAAACCAAUUCAAGUGAACAAGGCGAGAAAAUCACCUCAGGUAGUGACGAAGACGGACAAGACGAUAAUUGUUCGAAGAAAAAGCAUCGUCGCAAUCGUACCACUUUUACCACCUACCAACUACACGAGCUAGAAAGAGCUUUUGAGAAAUCUCAUUAUCCCGACGUUUACUCAAGAGAAGAAUUAGCCAUGAAAGUGAAUCUACCCGAAGUUCGUGUACAAGUAUGGUUUCAAAAUCGUCGAGCAAAAUGGCGACGCCAAGAGAAAUCGGAGAGUCUGCGUUUGGGUUUAACUCACUUCACGCAACUGCCUCAUCGUUUAGGAUGCGGGCCUGCGGGCCUGUCCGUAGAUCCGUGGCUGUCACCGCCAUUGCUUUCAGCCUUACCAGGUUUUCUUUCACACCCUCAGACCGUUUACCCUAGUUAUCUAACACCACCGCUAAGUUUGGCCCCUACUGGACUUUCAAUGAGUACAUUGGCUAGUAUGGGCCCUCAUGGACCACCACCACCACCCGGUCAUCCGCCACCUUCGCCUUUGGGUUCGGGACCUCCGCAUCCCGGUCAUACACAUGUUUCAUUAGCACAUUUGUCGCCACAUUUAUCGCGUAUGUCACCACAAAACUUAGCCACAAUGGCUACCACACCAAUGAGUUCUAGCGCUUUAAUCAGCUCUUCAAAUUCGAAUACACCCUUAACACCGCCCAACAGCAAUCAAAACAAUUCGCCUAUGGCCAAUUUAUCAACUUCAGCACCGUCACCGCAAAAUCUUUCCGCCUCCAGCGCUACCAUGAUUUCAUCGACAAUUAGUCACCUUAACGAGUCGAAUAACGCAGAAGAUGCAGAAAACUCUAAUGCGGACAAAAGUCUCUCUACCUCCAUAGAAGUAUUAGAUGUAGGACGAGAAAGUCCUUUAAAUAUGGGUGCAACGGUGUCAACCACAACAACAACCAACACCAUUACAAAUUCCAGCGUUACAGUGCAGCCACAAACGACAGACAUACGUACAAACUCGAUAGCCACAUUACGUAUAAAGGCUAAGGAGCACCUUGAAAAUAUUAAUAAAAAUUUGGCUAUGGUUUAA